AUGCAAAGUACUGGCCAUUCUGAGAAGAAAGAAAAACACAAGAGAUUAGAUGCUGACGUGAGAUCUCAGGCCUUAGAGGUCGACGCGCCCGGGAGACGGCCUGGCAACUUUACGCUGGCACAGCCGGGACAGAGGGCGACACCUCCACCUACUGUGGCACUUGCCAGUCCUCCUAGCGACUCGACUGGGCUCUCUGCCAAUAGGGGGACCAAUGGUGCAGAGAUGGCUGCCUCCCCAGCCCUACUGCGAGUGUCUGUUUCACCAUGCUGCCAUGCCAGGCAAGUUCGGAGCUUCUGCACUCGCCAGGCAGUCCGGUACCAGCAGGCAAAACCAGCUGAUGCCCCACCAAAAGGGAUUGCAUACAAGAAUCUAUCUAUUGGGAUCCCCAAAGAAAUUUUCCAAAAUGAGCGCAGGGUAGCAAUGACACCGGCUGUAACUGCCACCUUGGUGAAAAAAGGUUUCAAAGUGAACAUAGAAGAAAAUGCUGGAGCAACAGCUAGGUUUCGUAACAAGGAUUUUGAAGCUGCAGGUGCCACAAUUCUUGACAAGCAGAAGGCUCUUCAAUCUGAUAUUAUCUUCAAAGUGCGACAGCCUCUACCUCCAGAACUGCCUCUUUUCCGGGAAGGGUCUACUCUCAUCUCUUUCCUGUAUCCUGCACAGAAUAAGGAUCUCAUUACUGAAUUGGCAAAGAAGAAGCUCAAUGUUUUUGGACAAAUCACUGCAGCAGGGAAAGUGCCACCAGCCAAGGUUUUAGUCAUUGGAGGUGGGGUAGCUGGUCUGGCUGCUGUUGGCCAAGCCAAGAACAUGGGUGCCAUCGUGCGAGCAUUUGAUACACGUGCUGCAGUCAAAGAACAAGUUGAAUCUUUUGGAGCUGAGUUCCUCGAAGUUGAUCUCAAGGAAUCAGGGGAAGGAACGGGUGGGUAUGCAAGAGAGAUGAGCAAGGAAUUCAUUGAGGCAGAGAUGGCACUUUUUGCAAAACAAGCAAGGGAAGUGGACAUCAUCAUCUCCACUGCUCUCAUUCCAGGGAAGAGGGCCCCAAUUCUCAUCAAGAAGGAACACAUUGAGGCAAUGGCCCCAGGUUCUGUGGUUGUGGAUCUGGCUGCUGAAGCAGGAGGAAACAUUGAGACAACAAAGCCAGGUGAAGUUUACACAUACAAUGAAGUUAUUCACGUUGGACUCACCGAUCUGCCGAGCCGUCUUCCCACACAAUCCUCGACUCUCUAUGCUAAUAACAUCUCCAAAUUUCUCCUUUCAAUUGGAGAGAAGGAACAUUUUUACAUUGAUCUGAAUGAUGAAGUUGUCAGGGGGGCAAUUGUUUUGAAAGGAGGUGAACUCCUGUGGCCUCCACCCCCUCCUCCUCCUCCAUCCCCAGCAGAGGUAGUGGCUGCUGCAACCAAACCAGCUGCUGUUGAACCCCCACCACCACCUAAUUAUUUCAAUAUCACUCUCAAAGAUGCCCUCAUGUAUACCUCUGGUCUUGGGGGUCUUUUGGGUUUGGGAAUGAUCUCACCAAAUGCUGCAUUUACCGGAAUGACUGCCACAUUUGGCCUGGCUGGGAUUGUUGGAUACCACACUGUUUGGGGUGUGACCCCUGCUCUUCACUCUCCACUCAUGUCUGUGACUAAUGCCAUCUCUGGCAUCACUGCUGUGGGUGGUCUCCUCCUCAUGGGUGGUGGUCUCUAUCCACAUAACACUGUCCAGGUAUUGUCAGCCUCUGCUGCAUUCAUCUCCUCAAUCAAUAUCUUUGGUGGGUUCCUUGUCACACAGAGAAUGUUGGACAUGUUCAAGAGGCCGACAGACCCUCCAGAAUACAACUACCUGUACUCAAUCCCUGCAUCAGCAUUUGUUGGAGGCUAUAUCUGGGCAGCAGCUAAUGGCUAUGCAGAAAUUCACCAGAUGGCAUACUUGGGGUCAUCCCUGUGCUGUGUUGGGGCUCUGGCUGGGCUUUCUUCCCAGAGCACUUCUCGACUUGGCAAUACCCUCGGCAUGAUUGGUGUUACUGGAGGGAUAACUUCGACUCUGGGGAUGUUGGCUCCCAACACUGAAGUCCUCCUUCAAAUGGCUGGCUGCAUGAGUCUUGGUGCUGGAAUCGGUCUUACUAUUGCCAAGAAGAUAGAUAUCACAGAUUUGCCUCAGCUUGUUGCUGCAUUCCACAGUCUGGUUGGAGCUGCAGCUGUUUUAACUUGUUUUGCCACAUAUCUGGACCAUUUCCACACAUUUGCAACAGAUCCAGCUGCAGGGGUUGUUCGUACAGCUUUGUUUCUUGGCACCUACAUUGGAGGUGUCACCUUCAGUGGUUCCUUGAUUGCAUAUGGGAAGCUACAAGGAAUCAUGAACUCUGCCGCUACGCUCCUUCCGGGCAGACAUGUAUUGAAUUCUGCACUCAUGGCUGGGAAUGUGGGAGCACUCAUCUGGUAUCUGGCUGACCCAUCCAUGGCAGUCGGUUUGUCUAUGCUUGGCCUCACGACUGCUCUGUCAACCACCAUGGGUGUGACUCUCACUAUAGCCAUUGGAGGUGCUGACAUGCCUGUAGUGAUCACGGUGCUGAACAGUUACUCCGGCUGGGCACUCUGUGCAGAAGGUUUCAUGCUUAACAACACCCUCAUGACAAUUGUUGGUGCCCUCAUAGGAUCCUCUGGAGCCAUUCUAUCCUACAUCAUGUGUCGAGCAAUGAACAGGAGUCUGCCAAAUGUAAUCUUGGGAGGUUAUGGGACUACUACCACCGGAACUGGAAAGCCAAUGACCAUCUCUGGACAGCACACGGAAGUCUCGGUCGAUGGAACCGUGGAGUCCAUUGUUAAUGCCAAGAAUAUUAUCAUUACCCCAGGAUAUGGUCUCUGUGUGGCAAAAGCCCAGUAUCCCAUCUCUGAGAUGGUGACACUGUUGAAGAAGAAGGGAAAGAAUGUUCGCUUUGGAAUCCAUCCUGUUGCCGGUCGUAUGCCAGGGCAAUUGAACGUGUUGCUUGCUGAGGCUGGUGUACCCUACGACAUCGUGCUGGAGAUGGACGAGAUCAACGACGACUUCCGGGAUACCGACGUGGUUCUAGUCAUUGGAGCCAACGACACGGUGAACUCGGCUGCCGAGGACGACCCAAAUUCCAUCAUUGCCGGCAUGCCCGUCCUUCGUGUCUGGCUUGCCGAACAGGUGGUGAUCAUGAAACGGUCGUUGGCAGUCGGGUACGCUGCCGUCGACAACCCAGUGUUCUACAAACCCAAUACUUCCAUGUUGUUUGGUGAUGCCAAGAAAACAUGUGAUGCCCUUCUUGUUAAACUCAAGGAACAUUAUGGGGAACACUGACAGUCUGUGUAAAGGUAGCAGUUCAACCCUUUCACGUAGAAUCGGAUUGCCAUCCGGUUGGAGAAUCUGUCGUCGACUUGUACGACAGCAACACCUUUUUUCGUCGUCCUGAUAUUUAUCAGAGCGAAUAACAAAGUCUUAUGGA